UCAGCGAGUUUCAUUUCCACUGUUGGACAUACAGACAAGAGAGUGAAGUUGGAUAGUAGCAUCAGCCGGGAAGAUGUCAGAUAUAAACGAGCGCUUUCUGCAAUGGCUGCUAAAAUAGCAUAUGAAAACGAAGCCUUCAUUAGAGAUAUGGUCACAAAUAAGUGGCAGAUGGAUCUCAUCAAGUUCUAUGACUUUUAUAACUAUUAUCAAGAAAAAAACACUACACAAGCCUUCAUGCUCCACGAUCCUGUUGAUGAAUUGAUCGUAGUGGCAUUCAGAGGUACCGAGUUCUUUGAUGCAGAUGCAUGGAGUACUGACCUCGACAUUUCCUGGUUCAAAUACAGGUGCAUUGGGAAAGUCCAUGGUGGUUUUAUGAAAGCCCUAGGCUUAACCCCAGAAGGUUUUCCUGAUGAAGAACCAGAAACAGAGUACCGUUUAGCUUAUUACACUCUUAGGAAGCGAUUGCGAGAUCUCGUGAAAGACAACAACACGAAGUUCAUAGUGACUGGCCAUAGCUUGGGUGGUGCACUGGCAAUUUUGUUUGCAGCGAUUUUGGCCUUGCAUAAUGAAGGUUUGUUGUUGGAAAGAUUGGAAGGGGUUUAUACGUUCGGGCAGCCAAGAGUUGGGGAUAAGGAUUUUCAAAGAUUCAUGGAGAAACAAAUGAAAGAUCAUAAUAUCAAGUACCAGAGGAUCGUUUAUAGUCACGAUUUGGUUCCUAGGAUACCCUUUGAUAGUUCUACAUUUUUGUUCAAGCAUUUUGGUACCUGCCUCUACUAUAAUAGCCUCUAUAAAGAAAAGAUACUUAAGGAAGAGCCAAACAAGAAUUACUUUGCUCCAAUGUUCAAGUACCUAGUUGCUGUUUGGGAGCUUAUAAGAAGCUUCAUAAUUCCAUACGUAAAAGGAUGGGAGUACAAAGAAACUUGGUUACUCAGGGGGAUCAGAGUAUUUGGACUCAUAAUACCAGGUUUUGCAGCUCAUAAUCCGCAUGAUUAUGUUAAUGCAACUCGACUGGCUGAGUCAACUGUGGAAUAG